AUGGACCUGGGAUGGGCUGAUGGACCUGGGCAGGUAAAACGCUUCAGAGAACCAAAGCAUGAAAGACGUCCCUGGAGAAUAUGGUUUUUAGAUACUUCCAAGCAAGCCAUAGGGAUGAUGUUCAUCCACUUUGCAAAUGUCUAUUUAUCAGACCUUACAGAAGAAGACCCUUGUUCACUGUACCUUAUCAACUUCUUGUUAGAUGCCACAUUAGGAAUGCUCUUAAUCUACAUUGGUAUACGUGCAGUCAGCAGCAUUGUGGAAUGGCAGCAGUGGGAGUCCCUUCGCUUUGGUGAAUAUGGUGACCCAGUGCAGUGCUGUGCUUGGAUGGGCCAAUGUGCUCUGUACAUAAUGAUUAUGACAUUUGAGAAAACCAUCAUCAUUAUAGUGCUUCUUAUACCUCAGUGGAAAGAGGUAGCUUUAUUGAAUCCCAUAGAGAACCCCCAGUUGGAGCUGGCUAUCGUCAUGCUGAUAGUUCCCUUCUUUGUUAACGCAUUAAUGUUCUGGGUAGUAGAUAAUUUUCUUAUGAAGAAAGGGAAGACAAAAGCUAAACUUGAAGAAAAGGAAGCAGGACAAGAUUCAAGAAAUGGAAGUAAAGUCCGAUACAGGAGAGCAGCAUCACAUGAAGAGUCAGAGUCAGAGAUCCUUAUUUCAGCAGAUGAUGAGAUGGAGGAAUCGGACGCUGAAGAGGACCUGCGUAGACUGACCAACUUAAAGCCCAUUAAGAAGAAGAAGCAUCGUUUUGGUCUGCCUGUAUGA